AUGGCUGAAGAAGAGCAUUUUGAUGCAUCUGCAUCAACAUCAACAUCAGCAUCCGAGCCUGUUGGAUAUCCAGGAGGACCGUAUGAUACAUCUCUGUUAGUUAAGUACGAAAACCAAGUUGCUAGACGUAUAUGGUUCGGUGAGGAGAGAGGGUCGAAGAAAGAGUUAAAGGUAGCGGGACAUGGGUUGAAGUUGACUCAGAGGGUUCCACUACAGCUACCCAGAGAGAUGGAGGGCUGGAUAUCUAGGUCUAGUCUAGCUUCAUUCCAGAGAAUUAGUUUAACGAAGAUAGACACAAACCUAGUUUCCGCAUUUGCAGAGAGAUAG